AUGAGGUCUCUGGUCUUUGCCCUGCUCUUUGGAGCUGUAUUCGCCACAGAAGAUGACAAAAUUGUCGGAGGAAGGGAGUGCACACCUCACUCCCAGCCCCAUCAGGUGUCUCUGAACUCUGGCUACCACUUCUGUGGAGGCUCUCUGGUCAACGAGAACUGGGUGGUGUCUGCUGCUCACUGCUACAAAUCCAAAAUGGACAUUGUCCUCGGUGAUCACAACCGUUGGUGGUUGGACGGCAAUGAGCAGAUCAUUGCAGCUGAACGUGUGAUCCCUCAUCCCAGCUACGAGUCCUGGCUGGUUAACAAUGACAUCAUGCUGAUCAAGCUGAGCAAACCUGCCACAAUCAACGAGUAUGUGAAGCCUGUGGCUUUGCCCACCAGUUGUGCCCCUGCUGGAAUCACAUGCACAGUCUCCGGAUGGGGUGUGACCAUGAGCUCCACUGCUGACAGUAACAGGCUGCAGUGUCUGGAAAUCCCCAUCCUGUCUAAAGAGGACUGUGACUUUGCGUACCCCGGCAUGAUCACUGAGGCCAUGUUCUGUGCUGGAUACAUGGAAGGAGGCAAAGACUCCUGCCAGGGUGACUCUGGUGGUCCCGUUGUGUGUGACGGUGAGCUCCAGGGUGUUGUGUCCUGGGGCUUUGGGUGUGCAGAAAAGAACCACCCAGGUGUCUAUGCCAAGACUUGCAUUUUCACAGACUGGCUGGAAGAGACCAUGGCCACUUACUGA